AUAGGUAGAUUCACAGGGACACACUUAUAUAUCUGGCAUCUACAUACGUAUUACGUGUGUGCCUUAUAUAUAUACGACGGUUGGUGAGAAACACCAGCAUUAUCAUAUCUUAGUUAGGGAAAAAGGACGAAUACAGACCCCAUGGCCGACGAGAGCGGUUUUUUUACGCCUAAAACCGCAAGGGGACCUCGCGCUCCGGUGCUAAACCCUGGGGAGACUGUUCAAGGACUAGCAGCGGCGUGGCUGGAGUCGUAUAGAAACAGAUUACCUAGUGGACAUCACUGGGACUGGCAGCCGUUUUUCGAAGCACUAGUCGAAGGGAAUAUAGCCGUUAAUGGCGUCAGCGUCGUGUUUCCGCCCGACGAUGGCGAUCAAAUAGGCGGUUCGCCCCAAGAAUGGCGGCGGCGCGACGCUCGGGUAGCGCCCGUGGGGAAGGUACCGAAGCCUCCCGGCAGCGGAUCGUGGAAUUAUACGUGGUAUAUCCCCGAGUGGUCGCACCCUGAGUUCGACCCGGACUUCAUCGUAUCCUAUACUAAGGGAUUCCGCACCCUGGGCUCCAGAGAUCCGAUUGCGAGGCUGUUCCCGGCGCUGCGACCCGAGGACGUUAUAAGACAGCCGACGGAGUGGGCGAAACGGUUCGGCAUCUACCCAGGAGAACUAAAUGGUCGGAGUCGUCUGAGCCCAACCUUGUCUGCCACCCGCGAUCCGUGGGAGGACUACGCGAACCAGCUGAACUUGCUUUCGGACGAAGCUAGGCAUAAACUAUCCCAGGAGACGCAGGAAGCGGCCGCGAAGGCAGGGAAACCCGCACCUCCUCCGGGUUAUAUAGACAGGGACGCCUUGGAGAACUUGAUGAAUGCGGAACAGAGGAUGACGGGCGCACAGCUGCGGGCAAAGAUGAUGUCUUAUCUAACCAACGAUCACGUCCCCUUGAACCUACAAGUACAGCCUCCCACCACCCUGGAAGAGUUCGUAGACGAUCUCCGAGCGAAUUUCCCGCAUAUAUUAGAGGCGCACCGAACGUAUUUCCAGAAGGCCUUGGACGACCAAGAUUACCAACGGAUCAUUUUCCACGAUUUGACGUCCGACGAGCUGGUAUAUAACAAUAUUCAUACGCAGUCCAAUGACGUAGAAUGCGAUCUUGCAGGACCGCUCCAUUAUCUUCUUGAGAGACACAGGUGGUCAGAUACUUCAGCUAAAGGGGCUGAGAGGUUCGAUCCUCGAUUAUUGUAUAACAUUAACGGUAUAAGAGCGGAGUGGGAUAUGAGGACAAACGACGACCUGUGGAAUGCGAUGCAACCCGCGUUGCAAUUAUUGACCCGGCUUCUCAACAGCGAGCACCCUGGGCUGCACGAUCUAAUAGAUCUCAGGACUCGGUACAAGAUUUCACCAGAUAUAACUGCCGACCGGGAAAAUCCUAGGACGCCGACGCUCGUGGGGUACAGGCCCUUGAGCGAGAUGAAGUUGGACUUGGAGAACUCGUGGCCGGAGAUGAUAGAACUGAGUAAUAUGGGAUACGAUUUCCUCCACCACACGUGGAGGGUCCUCUCCGAGUGCCUCACUUUCGAGAUUAGCAGCGCGUGGUUUGAUCCCAUAGAGGUCGAUGAUAACAAUGCUGUUGACGGAGUAAGGGAGACGAAUGUCCUAACUUACGGCAUCACACAGCCGAGCGGUCGCGGCUCGAAUGCGAGAAUACAAAUCUGGAUAGCGGCGGAGUUGAUAUGGCCGUUGCUGGUGCCCCAGUAUAGCCAAAGCGAGAAGAUGACAGCGUCCUUCCUGAUUGCGUCGACGUUGAUGCACGAGUUCGCUCACGCCGUCAACUGCGCCCACUACUUGCUAACGACCGAUCCGUACUGGGCAUACGUUCCAGGCCAAUCCGGGUUAGUCGUAAACCUCCUCGGUCAACUAGGGACUGUUCUUUGGGACGUGGACGAGAGCGGAGGGGACCCUUUCUGGGAGGGUAUGGGUGCGGCCGAGGUCGGGUUUGAUCUCGAGAAGGCGGUCUGGGGCAUUCUCACCAACAGUAUGGUGGCUGGUACGUUUAUUCAGCCUUCCCGGCAGAUAGCCGCCCUGCCGUUAUUAGCAGAGUCCAAUCCGUGGCCUGUUGCUAGACACCCCCCUCCGAUAGGGUAUGACUACAUAGGACCGAUCGAGGAGUUAGAGUAUCCCACUGAGAAUUACACUCACCCGAUCCCUAUUGAUUUUAUGGCUCAGUUUUUCACACAGUCCUUCUGGACCAAUAUCUACCCAGUAUGGGGCCCCGAAGCCCUGAAGCUGAGCUCCAGGGAUCGUCUGCUCAAGACUUCGAUGGAACCUACUUGGAUAAAUGGAUCCAUGGGCGAGCAGGCGUACGGCCAGGCCGAAUGGUGGUUCAUAUCCUUUGUAUACCGGACGUUAGGGAAGAACAACUACAACAUACUAGCCGAGUACCUAAAACGAAGGGCGUGGAGCAUAAUACUGCCUAGUAUAUAUGCGCUCCGUUGGGAGUAUGAUUCUAGACAUUGGGACUUCCAUGUCAUCAUGUCCUUGCAUGUUAAUAUCAAAAAGCUGAACGAUACGGUAGAGAAUGCUUUCGAGAUCAACCGCGUACUGUCUUUGGACCACAACGGCAGAUUCUACGAGUACAUAUACCGACAAAACCGUAAUAUCCUUGGUGCUGUUGAUACCGUAACAAUGGAUUUCUACCAGUGGAUAGCACUGGUAGACAGAGACUGGGAUAGGUACUUUAGUGAAGGUACGCUUAUAAUGCGGGAAGUGUCCGCAACAUAUAGAGCUGUCAUGAAAGACAUCUCAUACCUGCAGCGUAUGGUCUUGGACUUCCUCAGCUUGAAUUUUAAUGCCCGGGCCAAUAUUUAUACGAACAACGGCGGUGCCGACCAAGGUCCUGUCGGGGUAAUAUACCGGCAUAUUCAAGAAGUCAAUGGAUGGCUCUCGCAUUUUAUAACGACAUUGAAUCUCUUGUCUAAUCUGUCGGCGGGUCAUGAUCGUGUCCAGUACGAGUGGUCCUCCUGGGAAACCCGCUACCGCUCUUGUCAUUUGGCUUGCUUGGACCUCCUAGAUAUGCUGGGGAAUCCGGACCAGUGGCAGCCGGACGACAUGAGCUGGAAAAGACGUUUUGCAACAAUACCCUCAUCCUACUGGAAAAACCGCCUGGAUCGAAUGCGGGUGCUGGCGCAUAGAGUAUACGUUCAGGCAGACCCAAGAGUCCGUCACGUUUUCGAUGAAUGCGAAAUCAUCAUGGACCGCGUACAAGGAACAGAGGGAAGGCCCCCUUCGUUCAACAAAAUCCAGCACAACAUGGACAGCUUGAAAGAAAAUAUAAAUGUGACGAGCCUGGGCCACCCCCAGCCUGUACAGGAUCGGGUCUAUAACUGGACCGCCCCCCGUCCAGUACGCGAGCCUGUACUGCCCAAAGGCUACGGUUUCACGCCGCAACCGUCGCCUAGCACUGCCGACGUCGUCACCAAAAUACCUGACCUAGGGCUUCCUCCUACCACCAAGGAAACAAUAAAAGAUGUGUUUGGAGUACCGCGAGACCCAAAAGUAAUCGGAACACGCGCGCCUCGGAGGCUUAAUCUAACGAGCUUAGACACAAGUGGCGGGCCAUCGCGAGAUGGUGGUUCUUUGGGUGCAACGAGUGGCGGGAUACAAAAAAACCGGCGCCCGUCGCACAAGGGCUUUGGACAUUGGAACAAGGAUCGGGACGGUGCCAAGUUUCUCUUCUCCGCGCAGAAGAUGAACAGUCUGGACGCCCUCCAGGAGGCCGCAGCGCAAACGUCAGCCAGCCAAAAUACGACUCCGCUAGGCUCGUUCGGAACAGGAGGGGCUUUCAUGAAUAAGGGAGACACCGUCUUCGUGGGAAAAGAUAUUGGGGAGAGAGCCGGGAACCUGCCGACCAUUUUCCCUAGUCCGUUCGCAAAUUCUUUAAUCACAACGGCUGAUGCUAUAAAUUACGACUACCAACGCGGCAUCCAGGAUGCCCAGAGGUUGCAGGAGCCAAAGGAUAGAUUGUUCGAAACAACACAACCAUUUAGAGAGGCCCGCGCUACAGGUUUUGAAGAUGACCACCGUUCUGACACCUCAACUCCACCCAACUACCCGCCCCCUCCUCCUGGUCCGUAGUCGACACUCCUAGGAUCGAUCCCGCUCAGCAGUAGUGGGACCUUGUUGUUUUAUUUAAUUUUCUUUUUCUUUUCCGAGCAAGCUCGAGUAGCGUAUUGUGACUCUCCUAAUUCCUCUUGGGCGGCUGGCACUGCGAAAGGCAACGAUGAGUGUGUAUAAUCAGAUAGAGGCGGAGAAGACGUGGAUUAACAAACCCACAACGGCAACCACUGCGUCGUUAGAGACCGAGCGAAUUAGCUACCUAGUUGUGUUUUUAGAGGCUUCCUUUGCCAUUAGGGUUAACUGUCUGUAAUUUGUUUCGGAAAUCUAUAGAAAUGUUCUGCUACUCUUUGGUAGAACUGGCGUAUCAUCAUAU